CCAACAAUGCCUUUUACCCUCCAAACACUAAUCCCAACCCUCAACAUCUCCUCCACACCCAUGCGCCUAAACAUCGCCCUAAGCGCCCUCGCCAUCCUAACCUCAACGCUCCUCCUCCCAAGCGCAUACCGCGAUUACAAAAUAUUCAAAUCCUAUGGCCCAGGCGGUGUCCCAAAUAACGCUCUAGGAUGGAUUCUCGUGCGCGUAUUCUUCCAGCCGUUCGGGCGCGAGAUGCUCAGUACGGACGAGUAUGUGCGGCGCAUCGCGGCUGCGGAGGGACAUGGGAAGGGCGAUGAGGGGUAUUUGAUGUUAUCUGAGGAUCAGCUUGGGGGUAGGAAGGAAAUGGGGAGACCGGUUGUUGGACCUCAUGUUGUGCCGCAGAGGCAGUUGACGCAAGUGCCUGAUGAGGUUGUUAUGGAGAAAUUCUUUAACGCGUUCAAUGCCUUUGGUCUGCGCAACCAUCACCUCGUGAAGCUAUCACGCUCGAAUCUUGAAAAUCAUGCCAAGGCGCUCUUCCUUGCUGAUCAUAUUCCUUCGUCGGGGAUUUUGAAUGGCGAGAUUGCUCAUCUUCAUUCGGGAAAUGAUCAUUCUGUGCAUGUUCUCCUUGCACCAGCUGAUUGCAUCAAAGUCAUAGACGCAGGCUGGGGCCAGCGACACGCUUUCUCAGGCUCAUCGGCCAUGACAUAUCUCUCUCUUGGUACAAGGCCCGACAUCCCAGCUGAAUAUCUUCUCAUCUAUGCGCCCCGGACAGAGGUGGAAAUUGAGACUGUCAUGCAGAUUAUCGCGGCGGGUGUCAAAUUUAUGACUGGGCGGGAGGAUGUUCGGUAG